ACCAAAAGACAUUGAUGGAUGGAAAUUGUAUAUCAAAAAAUUAAGAAAGUAUCAGAUGAAAAUGUUACAAUAUCUCUCAAAAGCUGACAAUUUUUAUACAAAGAAAAUAUUAAAAGCGGCAUUUAACAAGUGGAUGAAAUGGGUGCAGUUCCAAAAGAUGCAACAAAGCUUGGCAGUGAAACAUUUACAACAUGUCAAUGAUCAGCUUUUGUGCAAGAUUAUUUUACAAUCGUGGAGUACUUUGGCAAAAGAGACGAGGAAAACCCGAGAGUACUUUGACCGCCUGGAACGAGGGGAAUUGGAUGAUGAGAGUGACACACAAUUGACAACUCCAAAAAAUCUAAAAGAUAUUAUUUCCACUUUACCUUGGUCAGUUAACCUAAAGAUUUUCAGUUAUCUUGGUGUUAAGGAGCUGGUAAGAUCUGCACAAGUUUGUCAAGUCUGGAAGGUGAUUGCACAGACAAGUUCUCUCUGGAGCAAGCUUUUGCUUCUACUUAUCUUCUGGAGACGGCUCAGUCAUGGAGGCACUGGCAGCAACGACAUCGAUAAGGAAGGCGGUAGGAAGGUGGCUUCACUGUGGUCCAGAGCAUAG